CUGACUGGGAGUGAGGCGAGUGUGUGUUGGCGGCUGAUUUGACUGAAGGAGGUGACGUCACUGGCAGACAGCAGCCCUCGCUGCAGAGUGGCACAGAGCUUCAGAAGUGCAGAAGCUGAAAGCGCUGGUCAGAGAGAGGAAAAGAGGCUCUGCUGAUGAAAUCACGCAGUCAAUACUAAAUCCAUUCGAUUCAUAGUCUAUGCGCUGCAGUCCCAAUCAACAUUGUUUCUUUGGAAAUAAGAUGCUCCUGUCACGUCUCGUGCGUCUAAAUUUGAAGAAACCAGCAAGUGACAGUUUGGGAAAGUUUUAAGAAAAAAAAAAAAGACAACACAAAGUUUAUUUUCUUUUUCAGUUCUGGAAAUACUGUUCAAGUGAGGAUUGUGGCAUACUGUCUCAGCAGCAGACAUCCUUAUCCAGGGCGACUUACAAUUGUUACAAGAUAUCACAUUAUUUUUACAUACAAUUACAUUACCUAAUCGGGACUGGAUCAGCUCAGAAGUUGACGUGAUGGAAGAACAGUGCUACUACAACGAAACAAUCGCCUUCUUUUACAACCGCAGUGGGAAAUACCUAGCCACAGAAUGGAAUGCAGUCAGCAAACUUGUGAUGGGACUGGGUAUCACUGUGUGUAUCUUUAUCAUGUUGGCCAACUUACUGGUCAUGGUGGCCAUCUAUGUAAACCGGCGCUUCCACUUCCCUAUUUAUUAUCUCAUGGCCAACCUGGCGGCUGCAGACUUCUUCGCUGGACUAGCCUACUUUUACCUGAUGUUCAACACGGGUCCAAACACCAGGAGGUUGACUGUAAGCACAUGGCUCCUGCGCCAGGGUCUCAUUGACACUAGCCUCACUGCAUCUGUCGCAAACUUGCUGGCUAUCGCUAUUGAGAGGCACAUCACAGUCUUCCGCAUGCAGCUGCAUACCCGUAUGAGCAACCACCGGGUUGUAAUCGUGAUUGUAGUCAUCUGGACCAUGUCUAUCGUUAUGGGUGCCAUACCCAGUGUUGGCUGGAACUGCAUCUGUAGCAUCUCUUCCUGCUCCAACAUGGCACCGCUGUACAGCAACUCCUACCUGGUCUUCUGGGCCAUCUUCAACCUGGUCACCUUUGUGGUUAUGGUGGUCUUAUAUGCCCACAUAUUUGUCUACGUGCGCCAGAGAACCAUGAGGAUGUCGCGUCACAGCUCCGGGCCGCGCCGCAACCGGGACACCAUGAUGAGCCUUUUGAAGACUGUGGUGAUCGUGCUGGGUGCCUUUAUCGUCUGUUGGACCCCUGGUUUGGUUUUGCUGCUGCUGGACGUGUUCUGUGCUAAAUGCAACAUUCUGGAUUAUGAGAAGUUCUUCCUCCUCCUCGCCGAGUUCAACUCCGCUAUGAACCCCAUCAUCUACUCCUAUAGGGACAAGGAGAUGAGUGCCACCUUUAAACAGAUCCUGUGCUGCCAACGGCAGGAAAAGGUGAACGGGACAGCUGAAGGCUCAGAUCGAUCAGCCUCAUCUGUCAACCAUACCAUUCUGGUAGGAGUGCAGAGCAAUGAUCACUCUGUUGUGUAAACAGAGCCCAGUUCAAGACAGAGAGGGCAUAUCAACAUUGAACAACUUUCAAGACACUGUUUAUCAAGGGGAAACUCCACAUGUUUUAAGACAUUCCAUGAAAUGCCUAAGAAUGACUAAAACCAAGUUCAGCCACGCUUUGGAGGACCUGUAGUUUAAAGUCUCCUUUUUCCCCCUAAUGCCUUACCUUCUGCAGCUUGUCUUACUGCAGUAUUCAAAGACAAUAAUUGUCUACUCUUCUCAUAUACAACACUGUUAUUGCCUAACUGGUAUCCAACUUCCUUUUAAAUUUAUACCAGCUAACCUGCAUUUACAUGUAGAAUUGUUAUGCAUAUUAAAUAAAUACAAUUAAAUAAGAACACAUCAUGUAAUAAACAUUUAUAUCUACACCAUCAGCAUGUUUGUGAUGGAUACUUCCUGAAUAGUAUACAUUAUCUUUUUGUUUGUUUUUAGCUACACUGCCAAAACUGCUAAAGAUAUAUUUUUCUAUUAAACGAAGAUAACAAGAUGACAAGAUGUAAUUUGUGUUUGUCUUUGUUUAAAAAUGUGUAUGAAAUUAAUUGUGUGUUUUGUACUUUUAUAUAUAUAUAUAACACUAUAUGUCAUGAUGCUUAACAAAAAAGGGAAACUUUUGUAUGUUGAAAAAAAAAAAAGAGAUGAAAAAACAGGACUGUAUACAUAUUUGUUUAGGUUACGUAAUAAAACAGGAAACUGUUUUCUCAUCAUAUUUUUAUGCAAUUUUUCCCAUCAAAAUGAGCCUUAGGGCACCACUGAUAGAAAUGUGGUUUCUUCUAAACCUACUGAAUCCUAACAGUGCCAUAGGCAAAUUUAAUUUCUCAAUUUUCUGCCCAUGAAUUGCUGGGUUAGUUUUAUUUAGAGAUGUGCCUCAUUAUUGUAAUGCCUGUCUCCUUGAGGGGAAAAUCUAAAUAAUGUUCCUACUGUAACAAGUACUAUCCACUUCUGAGCACUGUAAGGCUGGCCUGACUGGGGAAAAUAGCUGGAACCCUUGCUGUGUACUUUAAUGUGUGCAGGCCUUGUUCUAACUGGUACAAGACCAGUUCACCGUAAGGUAAACAUUAAUGGUAUUUAUCACUUUCUAUGUAAACUUGUCUCUUUAGAUAACAACUAAGAUAUCAAUCUGCCAGCUAGGGUUAUGUAAAACUAAUUAAUAUGUUCUACUAUAUACAAAAUAAAACUUAUCCAUUUCUUUGCAGAAAAUCUGUUGUGGGCUACAUUUAACAUACAACAAGUAAAAUAUCCUCAUUGUUUGUAUUCUAUAUAAUGUGUAUCUCACAGCUGUGAGGGUGAAACCUUUCUUGACUCAUGUAUUUAUUAGCCUAUCCUCAAACUCAAUAAAAAGAUCAGCUCAC